AUGUCUGGUUCAACUAAGAGCCAAUCAUCUGCAGUCCCAGAAAUUCCCCAACAUUACAGGAUCAGUGUUCCGAUCGACAAGGACAUGCUGACACAGGACUGGAUCCAGACAAAUGAACUCAUUAAAAGUCUGAAGUCGCACGAUGUUUUUGUGGAUGACGUGGAGCUGCAGCACAGAGAGACGGUUGUGAAAAGACUGAAUUCCCUCUUUAAGGAGUGGCUCCAAGACAUGUGUAUAGAAAUGAACGUACCUGAAAUUUUCAUUGACAACGUCGGAUACAGGCUGCUCCCGUUUGGCUCCUAUGGCUUGGGAGCUUUCUCCAAAGGUGCUGAUAUUGACGCUCUUUGUGUUGGGCCUGUAUUUCUGGAGAGAACGGUCUUCUUCACCUCCUUUUUUGAGAAGAUCAAAGCCCAGGAGGAGGCCAAAGACAUACGGGCCAUCGAAGAAGCAUUUGUGCCGGUCAUCAAUUUGACAUUUGAUGGAAUUGAGGUGGAUUUAGUCUAUGCCCAGAUGCCACAGUAUUCUCUCACACUCAACCUUCUUGACGACAUGUGGUUGAAGGAUAUGGAUAAAGCCUCUGCCAGGAGUCUCAAUGGUUACAGAGUCACAGAGGAAAUCCUCCGACUUGUGCCGAACGUCUCAAACUUCAGGCUCGCUCUGAUGGCCAUCAAGCUGUGGGCCAAAAGACGCAACAUUUACUCUAGCAAGCUGGGCUUCCUGGGCGGGGUAUCCUGGGCCAUUCUAGUAGCCAGAAUUUGCCAGGUUUAUCCAAACGUGACAGCAUCCACCCUGGUGAUGAAGUUCUUCAGGGUCUACUCCAUGUGGGAGUGGCCUAUCCCUAUUCGUCUGAGGGUAGUGCAGGACCUCCACUACAACCUUCCUUUCUGGGAUUCCAUGUAUAACAUACGUGAUCAGUACCACUUGAUGCCGAUCAUCACGCCAGCAUACCCACAGCAGAACUCAGCGUUCAAUGUGUCUCUCUCCUCGCUGACCAUCCUGGUUGAAGAGUUCAAUCGGGGCCAGACUAUCGUCCAGGAAAUACAGCAGCACAAAGCCGACUGGUUCAAACUCUUUGAAACACCAAAUUUUAUGGACAAGUACCGGGAUUACCUUCAGGUGGAAGCAACUUCUGCUACAGAGGAGCAGCAUCUUGAUUGGGUCGGCCUGGUGGAAUCCAGGAUCAGACACCUGGUGGGAGCUCUGCAGAUACACCAGUCUAUUACCUUGGCUCAUGUGAAUGUGCAGCCCUACUCUCCACCCAAGGAGGCCGAUAGCACGGAGGGUCUGAGCACAAAGUGGUCGAUUGGAUUUACCCUGACAGAGGAGUUUGAGAAGAUGAGGAACAAGAACGAUCGAAUCGACCUGACCUGUGAAGUCCGCUACUUUACUGAUACUGUCUACAACAUGGCAAGCACCAGUGGUGUGUUUCAGAAGGGAAUGGUCGUUUCAGUCAACUAUGAAGAGAAAUGUGCCAAUGUGCUGCCCCACCACACAGCUGACAAGGAUUUCUCUGUAACAUCAAGGCCUAGCAAAGUCCCCCCAGCCUCCACAGCUCAACAGGCCACAAAGAGAUCUCGUUCUCCCUCACCAGGAACUUCAACGGAACGUUCGUCUCAGAAGUUCAGGACUGAGGAGAAAGGCGUAAAAGAGGCGAAGACCACCUCCCCUGGAAAGUCCCCUGCAGGUGUCUCGCCCAGUGAGACACAAUCCAAGAUUGUGAGCCCGCCAAGCGAGGACGGAGCUGGCACUCCUGAUCUCGAGAGCCCGGCCAAGACAUCAAAUAUCAAUCUGACUCUACCUCCUGACGAGCUGUCCGACUUGCCUAGCGAAAUCUUUCACGGCCGUGAAAAUCUCAUCGUGUGA